CCCAAACGAACCCGACCAGAGCAACAUUGUGGGGUACCAACAACACAAGACUAGUAGGAUGAAGAUCGCCAUUUUCGCUUUUGUCUGCUUCCUCAGCGCUUUCGCCUCCGGCGAAACAGUAGAGGAAUUGGGAUACGAUUGGGACAACAUCAAGCCAAUCAACCGCUACGUGGAACCAAUUGGACCAGCCCCAGCUGCACAGUCUGGACUUAGGAUUGUUGGAGGCAGCGUUGCUACUCGUGGAGCUUUCCCCUAUCAAGCUGCCCUCAUCAUCAACAGCAGCAGCUUCUGUGGCGGCUCCAUCAUCAGCAACACCUGGGUUUUGACUGCUGCCCAUUGCGUUGAUACGGCAACUGCUGUACAGGUUAUUGUUGGUGCCCACAACCCAAGAACCACAGUGAACGAACCAAAUCAAGUGAGACUUGCUGCCAAUGCCCGUGUUGUGCACACUGCAUGGAACAGCGCCACUCUGCUCAACGAUGUCGCUCUUCUUCGUGUGGCCACCAUCCCUGUUGGACAAUCUGGAAUCAGUGUGAUCAGUCUGGCUCCAGCUUCUUCUGGAAACUUUGCCGGGCAGAACGCCAUUGUUUCCGGAUGGGGAAGAACCACUGAUGCCAGCACUGCCAUUGCCACCGAAUUGAGAUUCGUCCAAGUGCCAGUUAUCACCAACGCUGUCUGUGCUAACUCUUAUGGAAGUUCGGUUCAGGCUCAGCACAUCUGCACGUCUGGAGCCAGUGGACGUGGUUCCUGCAACGGAGACUCUGGUGGCCCAUUGGUCAUCGGCAGUGUGGAAGUUGGAAUCGUUUCCUUCGGCGCCCGCCUUUGCCAGGCUGGACAUCCCAGUGUUUAUGCCCGAGUUUCCAGCUUCAGGAGCUGGAUUUCAUCCAACUCCGGUGUCUAAACAGUUAACACUUGCUUUCGUAGGCCAAUAAAUUAAUUUGCAUGUGGAA